AUGUCGGAACCUCUGCAGAAGGGCGAGAUCGACCUCAAGUCGCUCGAGAAUGCUCUGAGCGAUGGCGAAGCGGCCUCCGAACUGCCCGCUGAGACUCUACAGAAGAACUCCGACACAUUGGCUCAGCCCGCUGCCGAUACUCGAGCCUCGUCGACUCCGUCUGCACCAACUCCUAAUGCCCAUAAAGCCUCUUCGCCCGCAACGCUCUCGCCGUCUUCAACCCGAGCCAUGUCUCCCGUCCAAGCGCCAGCUCGGACCACGUCGGCCGACAUGCCGCCGGCGGUAGCUGAGCUCAAGGCCAUGUUCCCCGACCUCGACACCGACACGAUCGCUGCCGUCCUAUCCUCUCGCGGCGGCGACCAAGAGGCGGCUGUCAAUGCUCUGCUCCAGAUGUCCGAUCCCAGCUUCAAGCCCUCGACCACCGAGACACGCACGGAUUCCGAUGCUCUGCUCGCACAGACGAUCGCCAUGGAGGAGGAGCAGAGGCACCACGAGCUGCUAGCACGCCAGCAGCAGCAGCGCAUCAGCCAGACUGCGGGCCGGGGCGGCGGCGGUGCUGGAUCGUUCUUCGGCGGCCUGCUUGGCUCCGACUCAAGAGAGGCAUCCGCACCAUCGACGCCGUCGUACGAUCCCAACGCGUUGACCUACCAGCCGCGUGUCAGGAGGGCUGGAGGCCCAGCUCCCGCGAGAACGGCAUAUGCACCACCGAAUCAUCCUCCGGCCUCGACUCCCUCGUAUACGGAUGGCGAGAGCGUGAUUCCAGGAAUGCCUGGUGCCAAGGAAGCCAAGCAGUGGCAGGAAGAGAUCAAUCGGAUGGCAGAGACUGGCCUGGCUCGUGCAGCCUCGACCUUUUCGUCGUUGCGCGAGAAGGCUAGUGCGGCCUUCAACAAUCCGCAGGACGGUAGCGCGCAAGGCAGCCAGGCAGGAGCAGCGCCUGGUGGUAGCGGCGGCACCGGAGCGGGUCUCGCUCAAGCUUUCCAGAACCUUAGGGCAGGUGCAGGCAGAGGAGGCGGAGGCGCGUCGCAAGAGAAUGCCACAUCGACACCCCCUGCACCCGCGCGUGCGGGCUUCACCUCGCCACGCUCGCCUCACGCCAGCGAAUACGACCAGGAUCCAUCGCCAGUUUCGGACAACGAGCUGGCCAAGAUCAUCUCCCGAGGCGGAGGUGCAGGCGCUGCAGGCGGGGCCAGCGACAAAUCAGCAGCCGGCAAGGCACGGGCCCUUGCCGAACGCUACGGACUGGGCAUCAAAGGUGCCGGUCGAGGCGGAGCUUCCACCACACAGGCCGCAGGCACAGGCGCUUCGUCCUCUGAGGCUGAGUUCGCAGGCUGGGACCAGGCAGGCCGCACACCCAUCUCGAUCAAGGAUAACACUGUCAGCGCAACAUCGGCCGAGCCGAAGAGCAAGGACUCGGUCGCGCUCAUGGACUCGGCGCAAGGUCGUGGUCUCACGACCCCGCGUCCCGCCGACGCGUCCGUUCCCGCAGCAGCCACUGGUGCCGCAGUGGGUGCAGUAGCCGCCACCGCAGCAGGUGCCACCACCCUGAGCAGCGCACGCACCCACGACGACCACGAUGACGCAAAUGACUCGGACGACCUCGAAUACGUCAGCAACCCCUUCGAGGACGAAGACUAG